ACCUCCUGCUACCCUCAUCCCUCUAAACCAAUCAGGUGAAUGCAGGACCUCUUACCCAUAACAAACUGUCUCAUACAGCAAGCAACUGUUGUGGAUGAGAGCCAUUCUAAUUCUGGAUUUAACCACAACUGGAGUUUUGGAGAUUUAACCAUGAUUCAAGGUGCUUCAGAGCUAGCUGCAAUAUGCCUGGGCUUGGUUGGCUUGAUCGGUGCCUCGGCUACCACGGGGUUGCCCAUGUGGAAGGUGACCGCGUUCAUCGGAGAAAACAUAAUUGUGAUGGAAACCCUCUGGGAAGGCCUAUGGAUGAACUGCUACAGACAAGCCAACAUCAGAAUGCAAUGUAAGGUUUAUGACUCCCUGCUGUAUCUGCCCCCUGAAUUACAGGCUGCCAGGGGUCUGAUGUGCUCUGCUGUGGCCUUGUCAGCGGUGGGGCUUCUUGUGGCUCUGGCAGGAAUGCGAUGUGUGUCCUGUAUUCGGGGUAAUGAUUGGGCUAAGACCAUUAUAUUGAUGGUUGCAGGGGUUAUGCAGUUCAUGGCGUGCAUCUGUGUCUUUAUCCCCGUGUCGUGGACAGGUCAUGUUAUCAUUACAGAUUUUUACAAUCCUUUGCUGAUUGAUGCCCAGAGAAGAGAGCUAGGAGAGGCUCUUUACAUUGGAUGGGUGACAGGUGCUGUGCUUUUCGCCUCAUCCUUGUUGUUUGUCUGCCGCCGUUUGCCCAAAGGCAAAGGCUCGUUUGAUAUGUAUCACCCACCAAACUUACUUAGUUAUAAGCCAACGCCCAAUAGGCCAGCUCUGAUGAAUUAUCAUCCCCUGUCCAGCCUUCGAUCGACUGGUUCCGUUGGACAAAACGCUGCAAUGCCACUGCAAACUGUCAUUCCAGUAAGGACAAAUAAUGGAACAGUAUUAAACCCACCUGUUGUCUAUAAUCUGACUCCUCAGGAAAACGCAUCACUGCUAUAUCAAGGCAGUACGUCUCAUCACCCCUCAGUGCAGAGCUCUAACCACAGUGGAAACUUGUAUGCUCCAGAGAACUCCUUAUACAUGAGUCAGAACACCAUACCAUAUUCACUCACUUAUGUUCCCACCACGUCCUACCAGUCCAGCUUCCAUCCAGUUCCACAGACUCCUAUUUUCAUAACAUAUAAAGAAUCAAGAGCUCAAUCAGUGCCUUACAGUGAGAUGAGAGGUGGUGUAUACAUAUAAGGAAAAAUCCACAACUGAGUUUAAUCCUAAUGCAUAUACUGAAUAAUACUGAACGGUGUGUUUAAAGUUUUUGUACUGUUAAUAACUGUUUUAAAUGUUUUGCACUGUGGAAAAAAUGUCUGCUUUUAUCAAAUGGGACACAACCAUUGUUAUUAGUAUACACAAAGAUGAGCCUUUGUAAACCAUUUAACCUCUGUAGAAAUCACCAGGAUGGAAAGUUAUGGCUUAAUGUUUUGCAACCUUUUGCAGCCAUUUGUUCAAAAACCUCUAGAAUUGUUAUCGUUAUCACGAUGUCUCAGUGUGUGUUUUGCUAUCAUGAUGUGUUUUCCACCAGCCAGAUGUAUAAAUAACUUGUUAUUAUUAUUGCUUGCCUGUAAUUUCGAUUAGCAAUGAUCAUUAAAACCACAUUUUAAUUUACAAAUGUUAGUAGCUGGCAGGUGUUUUUGUUUUUUUUUAAUACAACACUUCACUCUCUAGGUGUGUAUAAACUGUUUAUAUUUCCCAGAGGGAAAAACUUUUUUUUUCCAGAGAUAGCAGUGAGGGUAGAUUAAGGGUAUAUGCUCUGUGAGGUCCCAGAAGCCCGUUGAAUUCUUCUUUCUGCAUUUUGAGCAAGUUUGAUUAUGGAAAACAUAUUUUAUGGUAAAAGAAAAAAAAAAAAAAAAGCACAAAUGUUCUUAGAAAAGUAAUGAUGAAAUUUCAUGUUUUAAAGCUUUACUAAACUAAACUACUUAACUAAAAACUCAAACCACAUUAAAAUCUAAAACAAUGAGAAAUUAAAGUUGCUAAAAAUGAAUUUGACAUGCAUAUUAUAUAUUUUUUAAAAUAUUUUAGAUAUGUAACAAAAGAUUGUUUGAAACUAAAGACAAAUGUGGUUCACAAAUUUGUGAACCGCACAUUGGCUCUUAUUUGAGAAAUCAGAAAUUAAUCGAGCAUAACAGUCAACCACUAAAACAAGCAAGCAAAUAAUUUGCAUUUCUAAACAUUCUAAUAAUAAAAUGUGUUUUAUUAUCGUUAUUUACUUUUUUGUAAAUCAGUGAAUUUUAAAAUUUAGCGAUAAAACAAAAAGUUAUAUUUUAGCUUUAAAAUAUGAUCUUAAUUAAAAACCUUCCACACAGUGGUGGAUUAACCAUUACAGAAACAUAAGAAAUUAUUUUGUUAAUCACCAGCACUAUUAAUUUAGGGCGUCUUUGGCAUAAAUCUUGCAUUAGGUGGUGGACUAAUAAAUGUGUUAAACUGUGUACUGUAUAUACUUAUAUAUUUUAUAAAUACAUGCUGGCAAUUAAAAUCUCUUCACAAUGCAAAUCUUCAAAACAAAUUUUCUAUACUGACAUCAUAUCACCACUAGAUGACACCAGAGAUCUUUCCAGUGCAGUUUUUUAAGUUGGCGAGCUCCAGAUAAAGAAGAGACACAUAUUAUGAAGCUAAAUAUCAUAAUAUAGGAAUAAAUUGGGGGGAGGGAGCACCAGGAUUAAGCUUAAAGCAAAGCAAAAACUAUCCAUGGUCAAGCAACAGUAUCCUUUUGUUCUCCAUUCACAUGUUCAGCCACAACAAGAGAUUUUUUUUGAUCAUCAGUUUUGGAAGUCUCAUGUUAAAAUAUGUCCAUAACAUGCAUGCUGUUGGAUGUACGUAAACUAUUUUACUUGACAUUGUGAUAAAUUCAUUAGAUUUUACUUACUAGAAAAUGAAUUUUAAAGAGUACUUUACAGUUGAGGAUAUUGAGCUUUUACUUUGUGAGUGGGAAAAAAAACAGCUUAAAUAUCACUCUCUAAUUUAGCCAAUUUCCUGAUAAUCAAAAAUAUAGUAAUUACACUAAUCUCAAGAAACCCAUCAGACAUUCUUGGUUCAGAAUGGCCACUUCAAAUCUCAAGCCACUCUUCCUCAAGGAAUAAAGCAAAGAGUAUCAAGGUAACCUGAACACAUUUUAUUUAACUACAAGACCGCGGCAGUUGAACGGUUUGAGGUAGUUAAUCUUCAAGGGAGCGUCAACGACCAGUAUGGAGAUUAGAUUUGCGUUUCCAUCAGGACUGGACCAAAGAUUUAAUCAUUCCUCGGUGUACCAAAGCAGAGAUCUUGUCGAGGUCGAAUGUUGCCAGAUUUGAAGUUAAUCUUCAGGACGUAUCCAUGUUUGCGGAUCAGCGGCUUGGCAGUGCCCUCAAUUGAGCGCCUGUAUGGGAAGGAUCUUCAACUGUGUCGAGUGAGCCGAUGACACAGUGAGCGACAGCGGAAACGAGGCGAAUUUGAUUUCAGAAUUAAAGCACUGAAAUAAAAGGUGUUUCGGACAGAGUCAAAUGAGUCAUCAACAUAUUUAUGUGAUUAAAGCCUCGGGAAAAUAAAAACACACUUUGCUCAGUAUAAAAAUGAGGGACAUUGAUGGCUAUGUAUUUUAUUGGGGAAAAAAUGUAUGUA